AUGGCAGUGCUGCAGCGGCUCUCGGGCUGCCUGGCGCAGACGCUGCGGCUGUCGAGCCGGCAGUCUGCGGCAUUGCAGCAGGGAGCGGCCCUCCACUUGUCAGCAACGCUAGAGGCGCGGCGCCGGGCCGGGCCGGCCAGCAGCGAUAGUGACAGCGAUGAGGAGGUCCUGUCGCCUGAGGAGCAGCUGUACGAGGAGGUGGAGAUGAACGCCGCGGCGGGGUGGGAAAUCCAGACAGCCGUUUCCCCGGCGCUGGCGGCGGCGCUGGAGGCGGCGCCCGACGACCCCGACGAGGCGGACAGCAUCUUUGAGAAGCUGGCGGAUGUGGUGGAGCGGAUAGAGAGCGGCCAGGUGACGGAAGAGGAGGUGAUGGAGGCGCUGGGGAACGACCCCGACAGCCCCAUAGAGGACCACCUGCGCCUGGUACUGGAGGCGCUAGACCUGUACUUCAUGGCAGCGCCCGAGGCCGACCCAGAGGUGGACAGCCUGGAGGAGUUUGACCGGGACCUGCUGCAAGGGCUGGCCGAGGGGCUGCACGAAGUGCUGGACGGCACCCGCAGCACCACGGUCAACGUCGCGCCACCGGGGCGCCUGCCCUGGGAGGUGCUGGAGGUGGAUGAGGAGACGCCCAUGAUCAACUGGGGCGUGGACCUGACUGAGGGGCGGGCGGCCGACCCCUGGAAGAAUGCGCUGCUGAGCGAGGAGGCCAAGGAGCUCAUGUAUGAGAUGCAUGCCAAGCAGGGGUGGGAGGUGCCGGCGCUGGCCGAGCACUUCCGCAUCCGGCAGCAGCGGGUGAUGGCCAUCGUGGCGCUCAAGGAGCGGGAGCAUGCUGCGCGCCAGGCGGGCAUCAAGCUGCACACAGAGCUGGCAGAGGCGUUGGAGGAUGAGUUUGGGGCGCAUCAUGUGGUGGGCAGCGGGGAGUGGCACCAUGUCGUGCUGCCCUCCUUCCCCAAUUUCAAGGAGUUGACGGAAGCGGAGGCAGGGCGGCUGGCGGCCCUGCUGGAGAAGCGGGUAGGCAAGCCGUUUGACGAGAUUGAGCCCGAGGACAUGAGCGUGGAGGUGACGCAGGAGGCGCUGGGGCCGCCUGCGGUGCUGCUGCAAGUGCUGUCGCUGCAGGGUGCUGGGCUGGGCGCUGGCGCCGCGGGGCUGGGAGCUGGGCUGCUGGCGGCGGCGGGCAUGGACAAGGAGGCGCUUGAGCAGGAGCUGGCUGAGAAGGAGGAGGAGCACCUGGUGGCGGAGUUCAGGCGCAGCCUGGAUUACAACCUGGGCAAGACGGGCGCCAGCCUGAGCCGCAGCAGCCGCAAGAAGCACCCGCCCAAGCGGCCCGAGGGCGGCUGGGGCCUGCUGGUGCAGCCGCUGGGCAAGGCGGCGCGCAGCGGCGAGCGGCAGCCGUAUGUGUCGGCGCCCGAUGGCAGCCAGCGUGAGCUGACGGCAGACGAGAAGCUGCAUGUGGAGCGGCAGCAGCCGCGGCCGCGCUCCAAGAUCCUCUGA